AAGACGCGGAAGCGACGAAAGCGACACCUUAAGCAUGUUUCCUCUCUCUCUUGGCCUUUGAAUCACUUGUAUGUUUCCUUUAAAGUGUAAUUUAUUGGAUUUCGGAAGAAAAAAAACACACAUGAACAUGAUCAAAUGAUUUACUGUUAAUCACAAAUAGCUAGAGAUAUAUCCGUACUUACUGCUCCACACUGAAAUGGCAAAUACUGUCUCAGAUGUGUGUGAGAUGAAUGGAGUUUCAGAGGGGAUGGAUCUGCUUCACAUAGACGUGGAGACCGAUGUGGUAGAAGACAGGCCAGGGAGAGAAGCUGCACCAAUUUCAAGGAAUGUGUUGAGGAAGCAGCGAAACUGGGAGAGGCAGAUCGCAGCGAAGAAAAGCAAGAGGAAAGAAGAGAAGCAGAGGAGGAAGCUCAACCGUGAGCAGGACUCAGCUGUCAGUGCAGAUAAUCCUCAAUUUACCAAACGGGUCAUGAAAGCGAUCACCAAAGAGCGUUUAGCUGAGGCUCAGUCCACAGGGCUCAAACUCUGUGUCGACCUGAGUAUGACCGACAGCAUGUCUGACAAGGAGGUGAGUCGCCUGGCCGGCCAGUUGAGAAGACUGUACGGGUCCAACAAGAAGGCCACUCGGCCGUUUCACCUUCUCCUGACGGACCUGAGAGAGGACAGCCGCCUCUACAGAGAGUGCCUUAGAAUGAACGAAGGCUUCCUCAACUACAUGUUGGACAUAACAGAAGAAAGCUGUCUGGACCUUUUCACUCCAGAAACUGUCGUCUACCUCACACCAGAUGCAGAAGAAGCUUUAGAAACAGUGGAUGCUGACAAGGUGUACGUCCUCGGUGGCCUCGUGGAUGAAAGCAUCCAGAAGAAGUUGAGCUUCUCCAGAGCCAGAGAACUGAGCGUCCACACGGCGAGGCUGCCCAUAGACGAGUACAUGGUGAAGAAAAACAACGGCAAGAAUUUCCACUCAAAGAUCCUAGCUGUAAAUCAAGUGUUUGACAUCUUAUUGACUUUCUGUGACACCGGCAGCUGGACAGAAGCCCUGCAGGCAUGGUUCCCCCAGGGGAAGGGUUAUGUUGUUGCACCAGAGGAUUGCCCACCACUUCUUGUCUCUCAGUCACAAACGUAGCAUGUGGAUUCAUUUUUCUUUCAUGCUUUUUAUAGAACUCUUUUUGCAUUCAUCUCAAUUACCUGAGGGGAGUUUCUACGAUGUGAUAAGUACCUGAUUUAAAAAAAAAGAAGCAAACUUUUGUUCAACAUUUCUUAGUAUUGUUUACAUUGAAACAAAUAAAUCGUAUUUUGUGCUAGAGAUGUUUAUUAGUUCUUUUAUAAAGCACAGGAACUUUUUUAUUUUUUUAUAAUUUUAUUGAGUUCAUUAUUGAAUGACAGCAUUGCGAACAAUUCUAUUUCUUUAAAAUAAAUCCUUGACGCUCAAUAAGUAAAAUGUCAAAGCCAUAUUUAUCUUUACAGUGGGAAAUUGCUUCCUUUUGUUUUCUAUGCACCUUCUUUUUUAAAUAAUUAUGUCCUUGAGACACUAUUUGUCUUAUGAGUUUUUGAAUAUGUAAACUCAUACAAAUUAAUCUUUUUUGUGAUUGAUACGUCCUGCAAAAUCUCCCCGCUGUGGGACUAAAAAGGGAUUAUUUUAUUUUAUGUCACAUUUUUAUUUGACCUUUGCACAAUUUUGACACGUAGAAAGUAUUUUGCAAAAGAAAAUAAAAAUGACUUGCAGAUGAUACAGCUGUUAGUCAGCCAGCAAGAUAUGAAAUAACUUUCUUAAAACUAAAGACUUGAAUUUAAAAUGUUUCCCUUUAAAUGAAAGACAGAUGAAUGCCAGAAUGAUUCUGAAACC